AUGAACAUCCGCAAUGCGAGGCCGGAGGACCUGAUGACCAUGCAGCACUGCAACCUGCUGUGCCUCCCAGAGAACGACCAGAGGAAGUACUACUUCUACCACGGCCUCUCUUGGCCCCAGCUCUCUUACAUCGCGGAGGACGAGAAUGGGAAGAUUGUUGGCUACGUGUUGGCCAAAAUGGAGGAAGACCCAGAUGACGUGCCCCAUGGACACAUUACGUCACUGGCUGUGAAGCGCUCGCACCGUCGCCUUGGCCUGGCGCAGAAGCUGAUGGACCAGGCCUCCCGAGCUAUGAUUGAGAACUUCAACGCUAAAUAUGUCUCUCUGCACGUCAGGAAGAGUCACCGGGCCGCCCUGCACCUCUACUCCAACACUCUCAAUUUCCAGAUCAGUGAAGUGGAGCCCAAGUACUACGCAGAUGGGGAAGACGCGUACGCCAUGAAGCGGGACCUCACCCAGAUGGCGGAUGAACUGAGGCGGCAGCUGGAGCUGAAGGAGAAGGGCAGGCCGGUGGUGCUGGGGCCCGUGGAGAACAAGAACAACUCACUGUCGAGCGCAGGCGAGGCCUCCCGGGAGGAUAGUGGUGGGGACAGCAAGGACCUCAGUGACGUCAGCGAAACCACAGAGAGCACUGAUGAGGACAGCUCAGAGGCCUCUGACUCAGCCUCCUAG